UGCAUACCUAAAAAAAACCACAAAAGAGGAGAAAAAUAUACACACACAACCACCACCAUCACCGCUACCCGAAGGCACCUUCGUCUUCUACUCAUGACUACAUCGGACGGUGGAGGAGGCAGGUACAUGGCCUACUCUCCCUCGCCUUCCGCUCCUCACUCUCCCCACCUCUCCGGCCUCCGCUCCGUCGCUGCCGCAGCCGCUUCCUCUGCUGCCCUCCUCGAUCAGGAGAAAUAUCUCUCAGAGUUAUUGGCAGAGCGUCAGAAGCUUAGUCCAUUUAUGCCUGUGCUCCCUAAUACCUAUAGAUUGUUGAACCAGGAAAUUUUGCGUGUAACUACGCUGUUGGGGAAUGCAUCAGUUUUAGGUCAAAGUGGGCUUGAACAAGCUAGCCCCCUGGCUUCUGGAGGAAUAUUUUCAAAUGGAGGAGCUGAUAUGAACGGAUGGACUUCACGUUUUCAAUCAGAAAUGUCAUGUUUAGUACGGCCCUCUUCGGUACAAAACUGGGUGGGUUCUCAAGGUAGCUCUUCUGGUCUUAUUGUUAAGAGAACGAUCAGAGUGGAUAUUCCUGUAGACAGCUAUCCUAAUUAUAAUUUUGUUGGCCGCCUCCUUGGUCCUAGGGGAAACUCUCUUAAGCGUGUGGAGGCAAAUACAGAGUGCCGUGUCCUGAUAAGAGGGAGGGGCAGUAUUAAGGAUCCAACUAGGGAGGAAAUGAUGAGAGGAAAACCCGGGUAUGAACAUCUAAAUGAACCUCUUCAUAUCCUAGUUGAGGCAGAAUUACCAGUUGAAAUAGUUGAUGCUCGCCUAAUGCAAGCCCGAGAGAUACUAGAAGAUUUGCUCAAGCCUGUGGAUGAAUCUCAAGAUUUCUACAAGAAACAACAGCUGCGAGAGCUAGCAAUGCUGAAUGGUACGCUUCGUGAGGAAGGUUCUCCCAUGUCUGGUUCGGUAUCCCCCUUCCAGAACAACAGCCUUGGGAUGAAGCGAGCAAAGACAAGGGGGUAAAGGAUAUGGGAAGGCCUGUGUGUUAGUGUCAUGCCAUAAGCCACAGACAGUGCAGGUGAGGUGAAUGCCCCCAACUGCGGUCGGGGCACUUGAACAUUUUGUGUGGCAGUUGAAUUGAGUUGGGUUAUGAAGUGUGUUUAAGUUAAUGUUUGGGAAAUUGGGAGUUUAAAUUACUACAGAAUGAGGAAUGGAUGAGUGUGGAGUUUUGCAGUUCUGCUAAAAGCUGUUGGCUGUGUUAUUAGGUCGUAUAGCGCUAGUAAUAGUAUAGUAUGGUAUAUGCAAGGAAGUUAAAAUUGUAUUGGGCUUGUAUUUUUUUUAUUUUGUAUUAUUAAUAGAAAAAGUAAUUGCAUUUGUUAAUGGAAA